CUCAUCGAUCGAUACAAUUCCGCGAUUCCAGCUUAAUGAAGUUACCUCAGCAGUGUAAAAAAUUCCGUCAAAAGCGUCACUGCGUGUUCCACAUCCUACACAGGCUAGGGAAAGCAGGGGUGGAUGCAAAGACAUCUCUUCUCAGGUGUGCGAAAAGGUUCUCGUUGACGAGACUUGGAAGAGACUAUGAGUGAUGUUGCCAUAGCUUUGGUUGUGAUAGUAAUCGUCGUCAUAGUAACGAUCGUUGUCGCAGCGCUGAUUCGUGUAUACGGCAUCUAUCACCUGACAUCUUGCUUCGCCUCAUCUGAGGAGAAAGCGGGUCUGACCCAGCAUGAACAGUACAAUGGCUACAUGGUCAAUUCCGAAUCGUCUGAUUUUGUGCUGGACUCUAGUGGGAAGUACGUACAGUAUGAUAAUGUGAACGAUCCGGGAUACAGACCAGCGGAAUCACCGGUUCCGGAUAGUGCUCGAAGCAGUCCCAUCUCUGUGGGGAAUGCAUCCGUUGCGUCCGAGGCUGAAAUGCCACCAGCGAUUCGCCGAGCUGAGUCAUGUGACAGCGUAGCGUCUGAUUCAUCCGUUUUGGAAAUGCAACCGGAUAUGCCUAAAAUAGGACAACUAGAAUUCGCCUUGGAAUACGACAGAGAAGUUUCAGAGUUGAUAAUUAGCAUAAUUCAGGCACGUGAUUUAUCACCCAAUCAGUACUCGGGUACACUGGACACUUACAUCCGGGGAAUUCUUCAACCAAAGUCAGACGCCAAAUUUCAAACAAAGGUUCAGAAAGGAACAGUUGAUCCAGUUUUCAAGGAGAGAUUUCUCUUUGGGAUUGAUCCAGAUGAUGUUCCGAAUAGAGUAAUUCAGUUCCAAGUGUUCUCCGUGGACAAAUACGCUCGACAUAAAGUCAUAGGAGAAUCCGAAAUACGCUUAGGAGAUAUCGAUCUGCGCAUGCCCAUAAAAAUGUGGCUAAACCUGAGAGAUAUUGACGAGAAACCAACGGAAUAUGGUGAUAUCAUGUUUUCGCUGAGUUAUCUCCCCACAGCUGAGCGGUUAACGAUCGUAAUAGUCAAAGCCAGAAAUCUCAAAUGGGCGGACCCAGCCCGAGAUUCCGGGGAUCCUUUUGUUAAAGUUUAUUUGAUGCAGAAUAAUAGAAAAGUGAGCAAGAAGAAAACGACGAUCAAACGAGGGGAGAGGAAUCCUAUCUUCAAUGAAGCCAUGAUUUUCUCAGUACCUUCAUCCACUUUGUCUACCGUACAAUUAAGAAUAACUGUGGCGGAACAUAUCAUGGACGGGAAAACGCCAUCUUUGGGCCACGUGAUUGUAGGUGCUAACACUUCCGGUACAGAACUAACGCACUGGAAUCAAAUGAUUUCCUCGCCUAGAAAGCCUAUAGCCAUGUGGCACUAUUUACGGAAAUAGCGUGGAGACUGCUGUGUAUUGCUAUUAUCACAUCAUAUUUUAUUGUUUUAAUAAGAUUAUAUAUACGUACACUGUAUAUCUCGUUAUGUAUUUAAAGGUUUAUCAUAGCGUUAUCAUUUUGUGUUAUUUUGUCAUUACAUAAUUAUAUUAUAUGAUUUAUCAUUUUAUCUUUCAUGUUAUAUGUAAAUAAGUGUUUUGAAUAAAUUUUGAUUUUAACAUU